AGGUCACUCCAGAGGAGGCUCAGACCCCCUUCAGAGGUCACUCCAGAGGAGGCUCAGACCACCUUCAGAGAUCACUCCAGAGGAGGCUCAGACCACCUUCACAGGAGACUCAGACCACCUUCAGAGGUCACUCCAGAGGAGGCUCAGACCACCUUCACUGGAGACUCAGACCACCUUCAGAGGUCACUCCAGAGGAGGCUCAGACCACCUUCAGAGGUCACUCCAGAGGACACUCAGACCACUUUCAGAGGAGGCUCAGACCCCCUUCAGAGGAGGCUNCUCAGACCACCUUCACAGGAGGCUCAGACCACCUUCAGAGGUCACUCCAGUGGAGGCUUAGACCACCUUCAGAGGAGACUCAGACCCCCUUUCAGAGGAGACUCAGACCACCUUCAGAGGAGGCUCAGACUCCCCUUCAGAGGUCACUCCAGAGGAGACUCAGACCACCUUCAGAGGAGACUCAGACCACCUUCAGAGGAGACUCAGACCACCUUCAGAGGAGACUCAGACCCCCUUUACAGGAGACUCAGACCCUCUUCAGUGGAGGCUCAGACCACCUUCAGAGGAGACUCAGACUCCCCUUCAGAGGAGGCUCAGACCCCCUUUCAGAGGUCACUCCAGAGGAGGCUCAGACCAACUUCAGAGGAGGCUCAGACCCCCUUCACAGGAGACUCAGACCACCUUCAGAGGUCACUCCAGAGGAGGCUCAGACCACCUUCAGAGGAGGCUCAGACAACCUUCAGAGGAGACUCAGACCACCUUUAGAGGUCACUCCAGAGGAGGCUCAGACCAACUUCAGAGGAGACUCAGACCCCCUUUCAGAGGAGACUCAGACCACCUUCAGAGGAGGCUCAGACCACCUUUCAGAGGUCACUCCAGAGGAGGCUCAGACCACCUUCACAGGAGACUCAGACCCCCUUUCAGAGGUCACUCCAGAGGAGGCUCAGACCACCUUCACAGGAGACUCAGACCCCCUUCAGAGGAGGCUCAGACCCCUUCAGAGGAGACUCAGACACUCUUCAGUGGAGGCUCAGACCCCCUUUCAGAGGAGGCUCAGACCACCUUCACAGGAGGCUCAGACCCCCUUUCAGAGAGGAGGCUCAGACCCCCUUUCAGAGGAGGCUCAGACCCCCUUCAGAGGAGGCUCAGACCCCCUUCAGAGGAGGCUCAGACCCCCUUCAGAGGAGGCUCAGACCCCCUUCAGAGGAGACUCAGACCACCUUCAGAGGAGGCUCAGACCACCUUCACAGGAGACUCAGACCCCCUUUCAGAGGUCACUCCAGAGGAGGCUCAGACCCCCUUCAGAGGAGGCUCAGACCCCCUUCAGAGGAGGCUCAGACCCCCUUCAGAGGAGGCUCAGACCACCUUCAGAGGAGGCUCAGACCCCCUUUCAGAGGAGGCUCAGACCCCCUUUCAGAGGAGGCUCAGACCACCUUCACAGGAGGCUCAGACCCCCUUCAGAGGAGGCUCAGACCCCCUUCACAGGAGACUCAGACCCCCUUCAGAGGAGGCUCAGACCCCCUUCAGAGGAGGCUCAGACCACCUUCAGAGGAGGCUCAGACCACCUUCAGAGGAGGCUCAGACCACCUUCAGAGGAGGCUCAGACCCCCUUUCAGAGGAGGCUCAGACCCCCUUUCAGAGGAGGCUCAGACCCCCUUUCAGAGGAGGCUCAGACCCCCUUUCAGAGGAGGCUCAGACCACUUUCAGAGGAGGCUCAGACCACCUUCAGAGGAGGCUCAGACCAACUUCAGAGGAGGCUCAGACCCCCUUUCAGAGGAGGCUCAGACCACCUUCACAGGAGGCUCAGACCACCUUCACAGGAGACUCAGACCCCCUUUCAGAGGUCACUCCAGAGGAGGCUCAGACCACCUUCAGAGGUCACUCCAGAGGAGGCUCAGACUCCCUUUCAGAGGUCACUCCAGAGGAGGCUCAGACCACCUUCAGAGGAGGCUCAGACCACCUUCAGAGGAGACUCAGACCCCCUUCAGAGGAGGCUCAGACCACCUUCAGAGGAGACUCAGACCCCCUUCACAGGAGGCUCAGACCCCCUUCAGAGGAGGCUCAGACCCCCUUCACAGGAGGCUCAGACCACCUUCACAGGAGGCUCAGACCCCCUUUCAGAGGAGGCUCAGACCCCCUUUCAGAGGAGGCUCAGACCACUUUCAGAGGAG